UUUUGAAAUACUUCAAAUUUUAUUCGAUUUGUGUUAAAUAUUUGACUUUUCUUCGUUUUGGUUCGAUCUAUUGUUACACGUGAAAGUGCUUCGAAAGGUGUCAGCAGGUGCGCGGAGCCGGAGCCCGGCAUGUUCGCCCGCUGGGCCGAGGUUUAAAUUCUUCGCCGAGAUAUCCAGGUCGGAAGAAGGAUAUAUUUGGAAGCUUUUGAGUUCUGAACUGUGACAUGGAUCGGUUCAGUCUCCGAGAGAAAAGCAGAAGCUAUUGAGUAGUUGUGGCAGAGCUUGGCAGUCUGAAUCAAGAAGAACAGUUGGUGUUCUUUGAAUUGCUUCAUUGUUGAUUUCUGCUGGGAGAUUCUUUUGAAUUUGUUGGUGCUGUUUGGGAAUUGCUAGUCCGAUUAGGGCUGGCUUCAGUAAAUCAACCACGGCUCUAAGCAAAGAAUACCGUCUUAUUAUUAGAAGGGGAAGAGAAUGCUUGCAAGGUUUCUCUAAGUUUUUGCUUGCUUCCCCUUCUUUUCACGGUGGACGGGGUGCCCUACCAUCUGCUGGUGGGCAUCCUUCAGAUCUGACAUUCCUUGCAGGCGGUGGUUCUGAAGCUUGAUCAACUUUUUUUUGGUAGCUUUUCUUAGUUAUUAGUGCAUUAAGCAUCGUAAAAUAUGGCAUCAGUCACUCAGGUUGAUGGGGAAUACCCAUUUCUGAAGCAGAACCCUGGCUUGGAGCAGUCCAAAUGUCACAAAGUGGCUUUCACAGUUUUUUCUCAAUUUUUAGGAAAUUUUUUGGGUGUUAGAACACAUGUUUACUGGCUUGGUAGUCCUACUGAAGGCAAUGAUGCCUAUGUGAGUUUUCCAUUCACAGCCGAAGAGACGCAAAGUUUAUUGGAUGCCCUUCUUCUUUCUCAGUGGGAAGAUCAUGCAUCGAAGGGUCUGCUCAAGUAUGAUGUUACCACCUGUGAAAUAAAGGUUGUCAGUGGUGAAAAGAAUUUUGUCACUCAGUUGAAUGAGAAUUGGAAUCCAAAUUUCCUGCAAAAUUUUGAGAACAAUGUCCUCCAAACUUUGGAGCCUAUCAAGUCAAGCUGUAUAAAAAUUUGCAAGGAGGAUAUACUUUUUUGUGUUGCACAUGGAGAAAAGGAGAGCUCUGAGAUUAUUCCUUCGACUAUCGUACCAAAAGAUGGAAUAUUGAUUGUUAUUAAUGCAAAUCCUGUUGAGUAUGGUCAUGUCUUCUUAAUGCCAUACAAGAUCCAUCAAUUGCCUCAAUCUCUGGACAAGAAGAUGUUUGGAUUGAUCACACAGAUUGCUGUUGAAGUAAAUAAUUGUGCUUUUCGUAUUUUCUUCAACCACAGUGAUUCUACUUGUUCAGAUCAGAUAUAUUUUCAGGCUAGUUACUUUGCGAACCCUUUACCUGUGGAGGUUCUUCCGACCGUCCCUGUAUAUGGUGAUCUGCUCACAACAGGGAUAUGUAUCUGUGAAGUUGCACAUUAUCCUCUAAAGGCCUUAGUUUUCAUAAGCAAGAACUUGAAAGCACUAGCUGAUGUAGUAGCAGAAAUAUGUUCCACCUUGCAUAACCAUGAUGCUGCAUUUAAUCUGCUGAUCUCUGAUUGUGGCGCAAAAAUAUUCUUGUUUCCUCAGGUCCAUAAAGUGCUGAUGGGGUGCCAUCUUUCUGCUUGGGAAUGUGGGGGCUACUUUGUUUACCACACAAAAUCUGAUUUCGAUAGUGUCUCUGAGGUGGAAAUAUUGAAGCGUAUGGCUUCCAUUUCACUUGAUGACGACAGCUUCCAAGCCCUGAAGCAGCUUUGCUGCAAUAUUGCAAAUAAACUCACUCUUUGAGAUGAAUGGAUUUACAGUUUGUUGCAGUCAGUACUUAUGUAAGAUGGUUUGAUGUGUUGUUUGUUUAGAGUCACUACUUGCACACAGUUCUCCAUUAUGACCAGGAAUUCCGCAACCUGUUGUCUUGGUGCAAUUACAAACAAUAUCCAUGUACUAUUGCCCUUUGAACUCCAUUCUAUCAAGGAAUGCCUGAAAACUUAUGUUUACAUUCCAUGUGAGGUGGUACGGCAUCCCUCUUUUACUGCAGGGGGCUUGAGAUGCAUGCUGGGGUCUGCACUGGAUUCUCAAUUGGUAUACUUGGUUAAUUUAAUUCAAUAAUAUUGAGCCA